AUGAAACGUUUAACAUUCCUAGAGAUGACUUCUGCCACUAAGGUGUAUUACAGCCAGACCACGCAGACCGACAGCCGCCCCCUCAUCGGCUCCGGCCUGCGCAAGCGGCGUGUGAUGACCAAGGACGGCCGGAGCAACGUGCGGAUGGAGCACAUCGCUGACAAGCGGUUCCUCUAUCUCAAGGACCUGUGGACCACCUUCAUUGACAUGCAGUGGCGCUACAAGCUGUUGCUCUUCUCCGCCACCUUUGCCGGCACCUGGUUCAUCUUCGGGGUGAUCUGGUACCUGGUGGCCUUGUUGCAUGGGGACCUACUGGAGUUCGACCCCCCGGCCAACCACACCCCGUGUGUCAUGCAGGUACACACGCUGACUGGAGCGUUCCUCUUCUCCCUGGAGUCCCAGACCACCAUUGGCUAUGGCUUCCGCUACAUUAGCGAGGAAUGCCCCUUGGCCAUUGUUCUGCUCAUCAGCCAGCUGGUUCUCACCACCAUCAUGGAGAUCUUCAUCACCGGCACUUUCCUGGCCAAGAUUGCCCGUCCCAAAAAGAGAGCUGAGACCAUCAAGUUCAGCCAGAACGCGGUGGUAGCCCAACACAACGGCAAGACCUGCCUGAUGAUCCGGGUGGCCAACAUGCGCAAGAGCCUGCUGAUUGGCUGCCAGGUGACCGGCAAGCUGCUCAACACCUACCUCACCAAGGAAGGGGACUGCGUCCGGCUCAACCAGGUCAACGUGGACUUCCAGGUGGACACGUCUUCCGACAGCCCCUUCCUCAUCCUACCCCUCACCUUCUACCAUGUGGUGGACGACUCCAGUCCCUUGCGGGACACAGCCCUGCGCACGGGCGAAGGAGACUUCGAGCUGGUGGUGAUCCUCAGCGGCACGGUGGAGUCGACCAGUGCCACCUGCCAGGUGCGCACCUCGUACCUGCCUGAGGAGAUCCUGUGGGGCUAUGAGUUCAGCCCGGUCAUCUCCCUCUCGGCCAGCGGCAAGUACGUGGCCGACUUCAGCCUGUUUGACCAGGUGGUCAAGGUGUCGCCCCUGUGCUGCGUCCACGAGACGGUGCGGUUCGGGGACCCUGAGAAGCUGAAGCUGGAGGAGACCUUGCGAGAGAAAUCAGAGCGGGAGGGCAGCCCCCUGAGCGUCCGCAUCAGCAACGUCUGA